CGCUGCUCUGCCCCCAUCACACACGACCCCGACUCCCGCGAUACAACCCGGCGGCUAUGGCUCGUCUACGAUUGCUGCUGCAGCACGUCUGCAGCUUGCUACUGCUGCUGGCCGUCGGCGCGCACGCGCUCAAAUUCGAUAUCCCGGCGGGCACCGGCCACGACAGGCACUCGCGGCGAUGUAUUCGCAACUUCGUGUCCAAGGACAUGCUGGUCGUCGUCACCGCCAUCGUUGACGGCUACAAGGGCGAUGGCAUGCAGCUCAACAUGCACAUUACCGACGCGACCGGCAACGAGUAUGGCAAGCCCAAGGACAUUGCCGGCGAGCAGCGCACCGUAUUUACCUCGCACGCCGACGCCCCGUUUGACGUGUGCUUUGAGAACAUCCUGACCAACACUCGCUACGUCGAGAACCCGACCCGCCACGUCGAGCUGGACAUCGACAUCGGCGCCGACGCCAAGGACUGGUCGGCGAUCCAGGCGACCGAGAAGCUGAAGCCGGUCGAGACGGAGCUGCGGCGCAUCGAGGAGAUGGUGGCCGAGAUCGUCAACGAGAUGGACUACCUGCGCCUGCGCGAGCAGAAGCUGCGCGACACCAACGAGAGCACCAACACGCGCGUCAAGUGGUUCGGCCUCGGCACCACCUUCCUGCUGAUCGCCCUGUGGGCCUGGCAGAUUAUGUACCUGCGCGCCUACUUCCGGUCGAAGCAUCUCAUCUAGGGUACCUCGCGGACCUGGGCGUGGGCGUGGGCGUGGGCAUGGGGCUGGUUCUCUGGUUCUAGACUGGGCUGGACGUGACUUUACAACCGCUGGAGUUUUGCACGAACCGUUACGCAGGCGGGCACACGAAAUUAUGAUCUCGGUAUUGUACGGAUACUACGUGGGUAUCUCGGGGUGUCGGACGGAAAAUCGGCUGCAUUGGGAUCUGGAGCAGUGUAGCCAGGGCGGUUGAUACAUGAAUCAGCAGGCCAAAUUUCCCUGCAGAUGUGGUCUUGAGCUGCUGCGCCAAGGGACGUCCGCGGCGCACCGGGUAAGCCGAGCGGUGGACCGGAAGUUUUGUCCCCACAGCUUUCGGCCUCGGCCCAGGGAGCGCACGCCAAGCGAUUCGGCACGCGGCGCCGUUUAGUUCCGUACAAUUUACCUACCUGAUUUUCGCAAUG